CCGCUUAUGUAACUCAGAAAGCGUUGGCAUAUGUCAAGGCUCGAAUUUUUCGCAAAGUCCUUCCAAUCUCAGAUCCAGCUACUCGAUCACGCACACACUACAUAAAUACCUGUAACUCGAUUCAGAUCUGACAACAUGGCAACCCAGUCAACUAUCAAAGCCUUAGAGAUCCCAUCACUUCUAAGCGGGCAUCCAAAACCCCAUGUUGAUGAGGCAGCCUAUGAAACGAUGUACAAGCAAAGUAUCGAGAGUCCGGUUGAAUUUUGGGACAAGCAUGCUAAAGAAGUGAUUCAUUGGCAUCGUCCAUACACUCAAGUCAAACAAGGUGGAUUCGAUUGCGGUGAUAUGAGAUGGUUUGAAAAUGGUGGAUUGAAUGCAUCAUAUAAUUGCGUUGAUCGAUGGGCUAUCAAGCACCCAGAUAAAACCGCCAUCAUCUGGGAAGCAGACGAGCCGGCUGACAGUGCCGAGAUGUCGUACAGGGAGCUUCUGCAAGAAGUUUGCAGGCUCGCUAACGUAUUGGUGUCCAUGGGUGUCAGAAAAGGCGAUACAGUGGCCAUAUAUCUGCCUAUGAUACCACAGGCCGUGGUGGCUUUUCUGGCAUGUGCUCGGAUUGGUGCGAUUCAUUCCGUCAUCUUUGCUGGUUUCUCGGCAGAAUCGCUUCGAGAUCGCGUUCAAGACGCUCGAUCAAAAGUUGUCAUCACUACGGAUGAAGGCAAACGAGGCGGGAAAAAUAUUGCCACAAAAUCGAUCGUUGAUACCGCUCUUUCGGGCAUCACGGACCCUGAAAUCGCCCGCAAGGUGAUUGUUUAUAAGCGCACUGGAUCCAAUGUCAACUUUGUGGAAGGUCGAGAUGUGUGGUGGCAUGAAGUUUGCGCAUUGGCUAAGCCUUAUUGUCCCAUUGAAAUCAUGGACAGUGAAGAUCCUUUAUUCAUUCUAUAUACUUCCGGAAGUACUGGAAAGCCAAAAGGAUUACUUCAUACCACUGGUGGAUAUUUACUCGGUGCGGCGAUGACGGUCAAAUACGUCUUUGAUGUACACGAAGAUGAUCGCUUUGCCUGUAUGGCUGAUGUCGGAUGGAUCACAGGCCAUACAUACAUCAUCUAUGGUCCUCUGAUGAACGGAGUUACUACCACAAUAUUCGAAUCUACGCCUCUCUAUCCGACUCCAUCUCGAUAUUGGGAAACAGUCAGCAAACACAAGCUAACCCAAUUUUACACAGCCCCUACUGCAAUUCGACUUCUCCGCCGAUUAGGUAAUCAGCACGUAGAAGGACAUGAUCUCUCUUCUUUGCGGACCAUAGGGUCUGUAGGGGAACCAAUCAACCCAGAAGCAUGGACAUGGUACCAUGAGCAAGUUGGUAAGGGCCGGUGUGCUGUUGUGGAUACCUACUGGCAGACAGAGACCGGUUCAAUCGUCAUCACACCUCUACCCGGAGCUACUAAACCCAAACCAGGUUCUGCCACCCGACCAUUCUUUGGUAUCGAACCCGUUCUACUUGAGCCCACCACAGGCAAACUGGCCGAUGAUCAAUCAAUUUCAGAGGAAACUGGGAUGGUAGAGGGUGUACUGACCAUCAAGAAACCUUGGCCAUCGAUGGCACGAACAAUCUAUGGAGACCAUUCCCGUUUCUUAGAUACUUAUCUCAGGCCUUAUGCCGGUUAUUACUUUACUGGUGAUGGAGCUGGACGGGAUGCUGAUGGCUAUUAUUGGAUCAGAGGACGUGUUGAUGAUGUAUUGAACGUAUCCGGACAUCGUCUUUCGACUGCUGAAAUCGAAUCAGCCUUGAUUCAGCAUGCUGCUGUAGCAGAAACAGCUGUCGUAGGAGCUCCAGAUGAGACUACUGGGCAAACUGUGUUUGCGUUUGUUACACUCAAGCCUUCAUACGGGUUCGAGCCAUCUAAAGAGGCUGCUUUGAUCAAAGAACUUACUGUGCAAGUUCGAAAGAUCAUUGGACCAUUUGCUGCACCCAAGCGGAUUGCAUUAGUCGAAGACUUACCCAAAACUCGAUCAGGAAAGAUCAUGCGAAGAAUCCUUCGAAAAGUAGUGGCUGGUGAAGCACAUCAACUUGGAGAUCUUUCUACUUUAUCUGAUCCAUCUGUUGUAGAAGCCAUCAUCAAAAUUGUAGAAGAAGAACAAUGACCCGAACAAAACUGACCUCCACAUCUACCAAAGGGUUGAUUUUGGAAGGUCCCUUUCCUUUGUAAUUCUAUCAUUAUCAUUAAAACGUUUUGUUUGCAGACAUAUUCCUUUUUUAUUACAUUAACAAAAUUAUGUUUGUCUUUGCAAACAUAUUCCUUUUUUAUCACAUUAACACAAUUAUGUUUGUCAUGUUUAUUUCAAAUUGAACCUAGCUUAACAAUG